AUGGCUAUCAGAAAACGGUUUCUCAAUCCAUUCGGCACCCAGCAGCCAUCAUCUGAGGGGCAAUCUGCAAAAGGUCACCUCGACCCAGAAAGUCUGCCCAACGCAAAGAUUCCUCUCGAGAAGUCUAAGGAGACUGACGAGCUCCCGCAAGAUGAAGAGAUUGUCGAUGAAAAGGCCCAGGCUGGCACACAGAAGGCGCAGGCGAGUGCACAAGUCUGGACUAGGAAUACCUUGAUCGUGGCCUAUGUCCUAGUUUGGAUCGUGAAUUUCUUAGAAUACUUCAGUUCGGGUCUCCUGAGCACUCUCUCGCCAUACAUUUAUAGCGAUUUCGAAAUGCACUCUCUGACAGGUCUUACUUCUGUAAUCGCGUCGUUGAUAUCGGCCCUCAUCAAGUUUCCCUACGCGAAACUAAUGGAUAUUUGGGGUCGACCACAGGCGUUUGGAGUUAGUGUUGGGUUCCUGACUCUUGGACUGGUCAUGAUGGCUGGCUGCAAGAAUGUCCAGACCUACUGCGCUGCUCAAGUUUUUUAUCAGACUGGAUUCAAUUGCAUCGAUUUCACAAUGACUAUAUUUAUUGCUGAUACAACGGCAUUAAAGAAUCGCGCGUUCUGGAUCGCAUAUGCUGCCUCGCCGUACCUAAUCACGCCUUGGAUUUACGGUUACGCUGCAAAUCAGAUUCUGGCUCCAGGGGGCAUUGGAUACCGGUGGGGCUUCGGUGUAUUUGCCAUCAUCAUGCCUAUUAUCAGCACCCCAUUAUGGGGGUUGUGGUAUUAUAUUCAGAAGAAGGCUGAAAAGAUGGACCUGACCAAGAAGGAAGAUAGCCAACGAAGCCUGUGGCAGUCGGUCAUCCACUACUGCAUGGAAUUUGAUGUUAUCGGUUUACUGAUAAUCGCUACCGGCUUUUCUCUCUUUUUGUUGGCAUUCAAUCUGUACUCAUACCAACCCAAUGAGUGGCGAUCACCACUGAUCAUAUGCUUUGUCAUUUUCGGCGGUCUCCUCAUCAUCGCUUUCACUGUGUGGGAAAGAUACUUCACACCGGAGCUGAUUCAGAACCGGACGGUAUUCUUUACAUUUUCCAUGGUUGUCUCCCUCUACCUCUCCUGGUACAUCUGGGAUAGUUACUUUUAUUCUUUGCUACAGGUCUUGUUCGACCAAACAGUCACGCAGGCGACCUACAUCUCCAAUAUUUAUACCAUAGGAUCUUGUUUCUGGUGUCUCGUCUUCGGCGCCAUACUUCGCUACAAUGGCCGCUUAAAGUGGUGGGCCAUUUGUUUUGGCGUCCCUUUGACCAUCUUGGGGGUGGGUCUCAUGAUCAAAUUCCGUCAACCUGAUUCAAACAUCGGGUACAUUGUCAUGUGUCAGAUCUUCGUUGCCUUUGGUGGUGGUACCCUUGUGCUAUGCGAGCAGAUGACGGUUAUGGCUGUUUCUGUGCAGAGAAACAUUCCUUCCAUACUUGCAAUUGAAGGUGUCGUUGCCAACAUCGGGAGUGCCGUAGGGGGGACUGUCGCUGUCGCCAUGUGGACUGGCAUUUUCCCAGCAAAACUCAAGGAGCUUCUGCCCGCAUCUACCCAAUCCGAGUUUUCCAAUAUCUAUGGCUCGCUAGCCGUGCAGCAGUCAUAUGCAAAGGGCACAGCAACUCGAGAUGCCAUCGACCAGGCAUACGGUGAUACUCAAAGGCUCAUGCUCAUUACAGCGACCUGUCUAUAUAUUAUCACCUGGACUUCCUGCUUUUUCUGGAAAAAUAUCAACGUCAAAACGAUGAGUCAGCAAGCUCAUGGAGUGCAUCUCUAG